CUAUAACUGUGGCCGUUUCGUUAAAAACAUUAGUUCCCGAAAAUGGUGGAAAGAAAAGCUACACACGCAGGCUCCUGGUAUUCUGCCGAUGCGAAAAAGUUGGAAAGAGAAUUAAGUAAGUGGUUUAAUAACGUUAAUUUAUCGUCUUCAAAAGAUAGCAGUUAUGACUAUCUCAACCUGCAGUUGAUUCCUAAAGCCAUUAUUGCGCCGCACGCAGGCUAUAAAUAUUGUGGUCAAACUGCAGCUUUUGCUUAUAAAGCAAUGCAACCCUCUCAACCCAAACGAAUAUUUAUAUUGGGCCCUUCUCAUCACGUUUCUUUGAGGGGUUGCGCUUUGUCUAGUAUGUCUGAGUAUCAAACUCCUUUGGGCAACAUUAAGAUUGAUGGAGAACUCACUAGAGAACUCCUUCAGACAGGGAGAUUUACUCAAAUGUCUCGAGAAGUUGACGAAGAAGAACAUAGUUUAGAGAUGCAACUGCCUUUCAUCUUUCACGUUAUGAACGGUAAACAGUUUCAAAUAAUACCGAUAUUGGUUGGCUCACUGGAUGAAGAGUUAGAAAAGGAAUACAGUCAAAUUUUAUACAAAUACUUUAUAGAGGGAGAAAGUUUUUUUAUCGUUUCUUCCGAUUUUUGUCAUUGGGGGACUCGUUUUUCCUAUACUUAUCGGAAUAAAAAUCUCGAGAUUAACGAGAGCAUCCGACUUCUCGAUGAAGAGGCAAUGUCCAUUAUUAAAUCCCUUAAGCCUGAAAAGUUUCGUUUAUACUUAAAAAGAUCCCGAAAUACAAUUUGUGGCCGGCAUCCAAUACUGCUGCUUAUAAAUGUAAUAAGACGUUGCAACGAUAACCAAACACGUUCUUACAAAAUUGAGUUUACGUGUUACUCUCAAUCUUCUCGCUGCGCCAGCGAACAUGACAGCUCGGUUAGUUAUGCUUCGGGCAUAUGCUUCAGUUGAUAUUUCCUAGUAAUAAAGU